AUGGUCAGGGGGGCGUAUCUCGAGAACUUGCCGGAGCUCGUGAGAGAUUCCCGGCUGGAAGCCACGUUUGGGGUCAGCGGGCAGCAGGCGUACACACUUCACCACUCAGCCAGCCAUCGAACUCGGGCCGCACAAGAGAAAUGGGUAGUUAAGCGGACGUUGGGAGAGGGUGGCCAGGGAACUGUGAAUCUAGAGGUUGGAGGAAACGCCAAGUUCCGGGCCGUGAAAAGGUUCGCCAUAUCGGACAACGAGAAGCAGUCUGAGCUCCAUCGACGCGAACUCAUUGCGAUUUUUAAAUUUUCCCAGGCAAGAUAUUCUGAAUUGUUUGUCAAAUCUUGUGGAUGGUAUACGAGCGACAGUCACAUUCACAUUGCAAUGGAAUAUAUGGAGUUGGGAGAUCUUCAGAAGUAUCUCUCAAAUACCUCCAAGUGCCGAAACCAUCGCCUACCAGAAAUCGAAGCCCACUCAAUCGCAACACAAGUUCUAGAAGGAUUAUCGGCAAUGCAUAAAGAGGGGUUCUCGCAUCGAGACCUGAAGCCAGCGAAUAUCCUAAUCCAUAGCCAACCACCCGAUCCCUGGUGGGUGAAGCUGGCCGACUUUGGAAUCAGCAAGCGCGGAGGAGAUAUGACUGAAUUGACCGCAAUAAGAGGAACACCAAAUUUCCUACCUCCGGAGCUACUUGGAUUUGGCAAGGGUGGGAAGCUAACCCACUCAUUCGCCAUUGACAUGUGGUGUUUUGGGGAAACUCUCUUCAGAAUUCUCUCUGGUCGGCGGACCUUCGAGCAGUUGCAAGAUGUUGUGAAAUACUGCACUGGUCGAACUGCGUUUCCUACGUCCAUUCUCCAGAAAGCCGGCGCUAGUGAGAAAGCCGCCAACUUCGUCUCAUCCUUGAUGCUUGUCGAUCCGGAAAACAGGCUGACCGCGAGUAACGCUGGAGAGCAUGAAUGGCUCCAAUCAACAGUGCCGUCAAAAGCCAAAGGUUCUCCUCAAUCUCAAGUCGAAACCCCUCAAGCUGUCGUCGAUGGAACGCCUUAUUCAACUCAAAUAUCCACUGCUCCAUCGGCAUAUUGGACAGCGGCUCUCCCUGCCACAGGAACCGUGACAACUAGGAAGAGUAGGAUAAAAAGUGUGGGAGCAGGUUUUGGCUCAAAUGAUCUGAAAUCUAGCAUAAGUACUGAGCCAUCAGCCUCGUGGACAGCCGUACUAGGCUCCAGAAGGGUAUUCGAUGCUACCUCGCGGUUAGUCACGACCAAUAAGGCCAUCACGAACGGCGGAUUAAGGCCCAGCACGAAACCUGGCAUGAAACGAAAUCCAAUCACAAAGGAAAGCGAUAAACCAUUUCGUGAUUUUGCAAGGGAUUGGAAAAUUUGGAUAUCUGAGCAUCGGAAGAACGCAGAUCACAGAAUGAGUCCUCGAGCGAUCGUGAUAUCCCCUUACCCCAAGCUUUACCCCGAGGACAUCGCAUUAUCUGUAGGCGAUUACAUCACUUUUAUUGAAAAGCUAGAAGACACCAACUGGUCGGUUGGUGUCAACCAGAAUGGCGACAGUGGGACGUUCCCUCAUAGACAUCUGCGAUUCAUUGAGGAACUCGUAGCUGAGACGACUCAAAAUGGAUCCAAUAUCCCCGUGCUUGACCCUCUACUACUCAAACUCUUUCGCAAGGAUCUGAACAAACAAGGAUUCACCGAAGACUUUGUCAAGCAGAACGAGGAUUUUGUCAUUUUCUGGUUACAACAGCAGCAAGGGCGACUGGGGGCAGAUUCGAAGGAUAUUGUUAAUCUGUCCCCCGGGGUCCAUCGAUGUGACAACGAUGAUGGCGAGGCUACAGUGAUCGAAGCUGAUUGUCCCUCGACAUCGACGCCUACGUUCAAGUCAACUCCUACGCUCGCGUAUAAUCCUUUAGUUACAUCUAAGCCUACGCCUAAGGACACAUCUAAGCACAAGCAAGAGGUUAUUCCCGAGUCUAAGGGAACAGGAAUAACCGUACAAGCUCUUCAAAACUACACAGCGGAUCGAGAAGAAGAACUUAGCUUCAACACAGGACAAGUCAUAUCUAUUACCGACUUUACGAGAACGUUCUGGUGGAUGGGUGAGGUGAACGGGAAAAGAGGACUUAUCCCUGUGAAUUCCAAUUACGUGCGGAUACACUCGGGUACACCUCCAUCAACUGUUAUGAGACUUCCAUGA